AUGCGUUUCCUCACUGCUCUCGCCGGCUUCGCAGCCGUUGCCUACGCCAUUGGUGAGGUCGACAUCAAGGUCAACGCCGACGUCGAGGUCGCUUCCGUUGCCCACGUCGACGUCAACGCCCAAGUUGACAUUGAGGCCUUCAGACGCCAGGCUUCCGGCUACCGCUGCCCCCAUUCCAUGAGCUACUGCCCAUGGACCAAGUCUUGCUCCUGCGCCCCAGGCCAGAAGCUCGACCCCAUCGCCAAGGUCUGCGUUGGUGCCCAGCUCACCGGUGCCUGGCCAGAGCCCGACGUCAGCGUCUACGCCACUGCCAACGUGAAGCUCGGCACCUUCUGCGCCAUCUCCCCCACAAGGAUCGUCAAGUACAACCCCAAACACGAGUACUGCCAAGCCAGCCUCGACACCAUCACCUUCGUCGCCCUUGCCGACAUUGAGGUUGAGGUUGCCGCCCUGGUGGAGAUUGACCUCAACGCCAACAUCAGCGUUGAGCUGAAGAAUGUUUGCGCCGCCCUGUCCGGUCUGUACCUGAAGAGCCUGGUCGAUGCCGUCGUCCUCUUCAACACCAACGCCUUUGGCCUCCUCACCCUCGUGGCUGACGUCCAGGCCAACCUGUCCGUCGGACUCCUCGGCCUCGUCAACGGUCUUACCUGCAAGCUCGGCCUCGGCAACUGCAAAUACGACUGCGUCGCCUACUGCACCAAGGGUUGCAAGAACUACGUCGAGGUUGUCGGUGAGGUCGGUGGCCACAUUACCGGUCUUGUCGGACUCUGCAUCCUGCCCAAGAUCAUUCUGGUCAUCGGUGUCGGCCAGCAAAUCGUCGAAUACGUCGUCGAAAGCCUGCUGUGCCUGGUCGGCGGCCUCGUCAAGACCGUUCUGUCAACCUUCAACUGCCACUGCCACUAA